AUGAGAAAAGUUUUUUGUACUGUGGGGACUACAAGAUUUGAUCAACUUGUUAAUACUGUUUUGCACAUUGACACUUUAAAGGCAUUAAAGAAACUCGGCUACACACAAUUAGAUGUGCAAAUUGGUUCCUACCAAGGUGGUGAUGGAGACAGUCUCCCAAACAUUAAUCAUCUUGACAGGUUUGCAGUUGAGUGCUUCAGAUAUAAAGAUUCAAUCGCCGAAUACAUAAGAGAUGCAAGUCUGGUUAUAAGUCACGCUGGCGCUGGAAGUUGUCUGGAAGUCUUGGACAACCAUCGACCACUGAUUGUGGUCAUCAAUGAAGAUCUUAUGGACAACCAUCAAAUUGAGUUGGCACAGCAGCUGCAAGAUGAUGGACAUGUCUUCAUGUGCAUGUGCAGAACAUUGGUUGAAACACUGACUCAGAAGAAUAUAAAUGACUUGAAAGAAUUCCGUGAAGGAGAUCCAAACUUGUUUGUGUCUUUUCUAAACAAAACCAUCAGGACAACAUGA